AACAACGUCUCUCUCUUCCUCUGCGUGGCUGUGGACGCGGCGAGGUGAGCUUGGCACGGGAGAGGGACUGUCUGGCUUUGCGCGCAGUUUGCAGACAGAUUUGCGAGGGAGCCGCGCUGGAAUAUAUUCAGGGGUGAAGAACCGAAGGGAGAAAGGGCGAAACCCUCCUCCAGCCUGCGCUUUCUUCUCCCUCUUCUCUCUCUCUCUGUAUCUAUCUCUGGACGCGAAGACUUGGGCAAAAUGGUUUUUCCGAAAUCUCAGUGACUGCGAUGUCAGCACCUCUCGUCCACCGCUUGUGGAGCACAGACUAAAUACACCUCCCGAGAGAAGAAAAAAACACGCUAGCGGGGUCAGGUGGUUUUCUCGAGAGAGAGAGAGAGAGAGAGAGAGAGAGAGAGAGAGAGAGAGAGCGCAGCCGUUCAUUCACGGCGUACUGGAUUCAAGUAACACUCGCCCCUGGCAGCUGAAGAUGACGUUACUAUGGAAACAGUUUUUGCUGCUAUCAAUCAUGGAGUAUCUUGCAGAGUGUAUGGAUUAUAAGUCUUUCAAUGGGCCGAAAUGGCGAAUGGAGCCUAGUGAUCUGACGGUGGGCUCACUGGAAGAAGAGGCGACGCUGACCUGUGACGCAAAGGGCAUCCCUUCCCCUCAGUACAGGUGGUCUCUGAACGGCACGUUGAUUAAUCUCAGUACCGAUUCCCGUCGGCGGCUAUCUGGAGGAAAUUUGGUCAUUAGGAGUCUGGACCGAGCCCAGGAUGGAGGGAUAUACCAGUGCACUGCCUUCAACCCACAGGGAGCAAUUCUUAGCAGAAGAGCGAGCCUCCAGUUUGCAUACUUGAAUUUAAAAACUCAAACAAGAAGUGCUGUCUCUGUGCGAGAAGGCCAGGGGGUUGUUUUACUUUGUGGUACACCAUCAUAUGCAGGAGAUCUCUCAUUUGCAUGGGUCUUUAAUGAGUACCCUUACUUUGUUCAGCAAGACAAUCGUCGCUUUGUCUCUCAGGAGACGGGAAACCUUUACAUCGCCAAAGUCGAGCCCUCAGAUGUGGGUAACUACACAUGCGUGGUGGUUAACCGCAUCACUAAAGGCAAAGUCCUCAGCUCGCCGACCCCUCUGGUACUACGAACCGAUGGCGUAAUGGGUGAAUAUGAGCCGAAAAUAGAGGUUCAUUUCUCUGACAUGGUUCCGGCUGCAAAGGGAUCAGUUGUGACACUGGAGUGUUUUGCUUUGGGGAACCCAGUUCCAGAGAUAACGUGGAGGAGAGCGAACGGAGUGCCGUUUCCCAGCAAGGUGAAGAUGAAGAACUCAAAUGUAGUUCUGGAGAUUCCCAGUUUCCAGCAGGAGGAUGCCGGAGGCUAUGAAUGUGUGGCUGAGAACAAGAUGGGAAAGAACACAGUGCAAGGACGACUGUCUUUCCACGCGAAGCCUCAGUGGGUUCAGACGAUGCGAGACAACGCUUUGUCAAUCGAAGAGAGAUUGUUCUGGGAGUGCAAGGCCAAUGGGAAGCCCAAGCCUUCGUACAGCUGGUUGAAGAAUGGAGAACUACUGGCAGCCGAGGACAGGAUCCAGAUAGAGAACGGAGCCCUGACAAUGAGCUCUGUAAACCUCUCAGAUGCUGGCAUGUAUCAGUGUGUCGCUGAGAACAAACAUGGAAUCAUUUAUUUUGGUGCUGAAUUGGUGGUGUUAGCCUCGCCCCCAGACUUUUCCAGAAGCCCUCUCAGAGCUCUGCUUAAAGCCAAGACGGGUAGCACCGUCACGAUGGAGUGCAGGCCGCAGGCGUUUCCCACAGCCACCAGCAUGUGGAGGAAAGGCAACGAACCGGUGCAGAGCUCAGAGAGGAUAACUUUACUUCCUGAUGGAACACUUAGAAUUACAAAUGUGACCAAGAUGGACGGGGGAAACUACGCUUGCUUGGCUAGAAACCAGUUUGGUGCGGCCAGCACUACAGGAAGACUGCUGGUCACAGAUCCCACACAAAUCACCCAGGGUCCAGUGGACAUGGAGAUCAUUGUUGGAGAGAGCAUCGUCCUGCCCUGCCAGAUCUCCUGCGACCCUGCUCUGGAUGUUUCAUUCUCCUGGGCCUUCAAUGGGCAGCUCCUAAAUAAACUAGACCAACAUUAUGAGCAUGUGGGUGGGAGUACAUCUGGAGAUUUGAUGAUACGGAAUAUACAGCUCAAACACGCCGGAAAGUACGUCUGUGUGGUCGACACGGAUGUUGAGAGUUUAUCGGCGGCGGCUAUUUUAAUCGUGAAAGGUCCCCCAGGAGCUCCAGAUGGUGUAACAGUGGAGGAGAUCACAGACAGCACGGCUCAGCUUUCUUGGAGACCUGGCCAGGAUAACGGCAGCCCCAUCACAAGCUAUAUCAUCCAGGCCAAGACAGCUUUCACAGUGGGCUGGCAAGCGGUGAACACGGUCCCGGGGGUGAUUGAUGGGAACACCUUGACGGCGACGGUGGUGGAUCUGAACGCAUGGGUGGAGUAUGAGUUCAGAGUGCUGGCCAGAAAUAGCGUUGGCGUGGGUGAACCGAGUCCUGCUUCUCUUAAAACUAGAACUGAAGAUUCAGUUCCUGACACGGCCCCCACCGAUGUCGGAGGUGGGGGUGGCUCCAAGUCAGAGCUAGUAAUAACAUGGGAGCCUGUGCCUGAAGACCUGCAAAACGGGGAUGGUUUCGGCUACAUCAUCGCUUUCCGGCCGCUGGGCGAGGUCAACUGGACGCACGCCGUCACCUCCGUACCGUCCCAGUCGCGUUACGUGUACAGGAACGAGAGCAUCCCGCCCUUCUCUCCAUUUAGCGUCAAAGUGGGUGCCUACAACACCAAAGGCCAGGGACCAUUCAGCCCCGUUACCAUUGUGUACUCGGCUGAGAACGAGCCCAGUGGCGUUCCAGACGGCGUGUGGGCCAGAAGCAUUUCUGCCACUGAAAUUGAAGUGAGCUGGCACAUUCUCAGCGCUUCCCCAGAAAGAGUGUUGGGCUAUGAGGUGGUGUACUGGGAGGACGAUACAAAACCAGAGACCAUGGGCAAAGUCAGAGUGUCUGCCAAUCAGAACAAGGUUAACAUCAGCGGGCUGAGAGGAUACACUCAGUAUUUCCUGACAGUGAGCGCUUUCAACACAGCAGGAACUGGCCCACUGUCUCCCACCAUCAACGUGACCACCAAGAAGUCCCCACCCGGGCAGCCACCUUUGAACGUGGAGUGGAAUCUGAUUGGCUCUAAGCUCACUGUUCACUGGGAGCCUGUCAUUUCUCUGGAGAUGGAGUCAGAUGUUACCGGGUAUCAGGUGUCUUACAGAAGGAACCGGCAUAAAGAAAUUAACACAAUAACAACAAAUCUGACCUCAGUGGAGCUCACGCUACCUGCAGAUGAUGAUUACAUCAUUCAGAUACGGGCGCUGAGUGACGGAGGAGAAGGGAUGCCAACCGAACCCAUCAAUAUACAUAAACUUAGUAUGAGCGUACGAGGGUCCAGAGCCUGGCGACCCAACACCAUCCCGGUCUCCUUGCUUUCUAUCAUCGCGUUAUCGACACUAAAACCGGCUUUGUGUUAACGUCCGAAGAAUCGAACAUCCCCUGACCGGUAUGAUUGCCUGCACUCUUCCUCGCUCUGCAGCCACUGGAGAGGUGCACCAAAACACUUCUGAAGAGAGAUUAUUGAUCUAUCUCUCCAUAGUUAUCUGAGGCAAUGCCCGGCGAGGCCUUCAAGGAGCGUAACGGGAAAACGUCAGCGUCACGGUGGUCAGAUUUCAUGUGCAUGUGUUAUGUACUGUGUAUCAUUGUGUCCUUGCAAGUGAUCCGAGACCCUAACAAGGUUUCAACCGAAGGGUUUUGAAGAGUAUCGGUGUACGAGGAGGGAUGAGUCAUGUUACUGCACUAAGAUUUCAUCUUCUCAUUGAUCCGUCGAAACAAAUGCCUUACUUCCAUGUACAUGCCAAAGUAGUUAACAUCCUUUUACUUCUUACUAAGCUACUGUUUGUUAAAGUUGUGAUUUGUUUUGUAGAUCACAUCAUUAAUUGAAGGAUUAGUUCACCCAAAAUCAUUUACACACCCCCAUGUUGUUGUCAUGUGACUUUAAAGAACAAUCGCGUGCAAUUACAACGAAUGGAGAAAGAGGCAGAUUCGUUUGUUUCUUAAUCGAAACAAUAUUUUGGGGGAAAUGUAACAUUGUGUCACUUUUUCACCAAUGGAUGCUCUGCAGUGAAUGGGUGCCGUAAGAAUAAGAGUCCAAACAGCUGAUAAAAACAUCACAAUAAUCAAAGUAGUCAACACAACUAUGGCAUUUUAACUUUUAAAGCUAUAUUGAGAGCUAUUUUGUAGAUCUUAAAAACACCUUACAGGUGGAUUUGUUUAUUACAAAUGCUCAGCUCUUAACACAAGACAAAUCUGAUAAACCGGAGUCACGUGGAUUAGUUAUUGUGUUUUUCAUCAGCUGUUUUGACGGCACCCAUUCACUACAUUGGUGAGCAAGUGACGUAAUGAUACAUUGCUCCAAAUCUGUCUUUAGGAAGAAACAAACUCGUCUGACCUGAGAAUAAUUACAUUUACAGCAAAUUAACAUUUUUGAAGUCACAAAAGAGCUAUAAAUAUAUCAUAAAUGCAGUGCAUACUUGUUUGCCGUGUCACCUCUAACAAAUUCACGUGAGGAUUUUAUGCGAGAAGCAAGCCAAAAAAUUCAACUUUCGUGUUUCAAUGAAAAAAGAAAGACGUUUGGAACAACAUGAGGGUGAGUAAAUAAUGACAGAAGGCUCAUAUUUUGUGUGUGAAUGAUCCCUUUAAGCUGUUUGUUAUACUUGUGAUUCUGUAAUGGUAUUAUUAAUUAACAUUUAGCCUUUGCUUAUUAGUUUAGUUAUUUGUUCAAGAGUUGUCUCUGUGCCUUAUCUAUGUUUUAGCACACAGUAGGCUUGUAUUUGUUUGCUCCAGGCACCAUGUUGCAGCUACAAGCCUCAAGUAUUCAUGAUUGUCGAAGCGCUACAGUACAUUCACAGGUUUUGUGACAACAAGAUCUACUGUGUUAACACUAGGAGAGGUUAUGGGUAAAUCUGCGUACGCUCACAACCAUAAACUGAUGAUAUCAAAUGAUGGUGACACGAGGGAACUUUUAUAAAUAUGCUAGGGACGCUCACAGUUAAAAAUUUGAUUAAGCAUUUAGACAGUUAUUGCAGUCAUAAAGAUUUGGUUCAAUAAAAAAUAAUUUAAUCAUUUUUGAUGAUCAAAAAUGCACUGUUUUAGUAAUAAGGGGUGAAAACGUAAUUUUGAGACGAGCAACCAAUUAUUGCAGUUUGAGAGAUGUUAGAUUUUCUUUCCUCUCUAACAGAAAUCCUGGAGUGCUAAAGUUACAUUUUAAUGACCUUUUUCUUAGCAUCACUUAAUUAUCCCUUGUGAAAAAGAAACGUUCUAAAUUGUAUUCAAUUUGCACUCGUGGUGUACUUUCAGUCUUAAAAAGUACUUGCAGAUAAUAUUAAUGAUAAAAGGCCACUUUAGUGUAUUCACUUUAAUGAUUUUUUUUUUUACUUUUUACAUUGUGAAGUUAAAACAAGUACAUUGUUUAAAUAAUAUUUUGUCGUACUAGUACACUUUUUUUUUACGUGUUGACAUGCAUUAAAGCGCUUGCAAAGAACUUGAUUAGUGUAAGUGUAAUGUGUCAAGAUUACGUAGUUAAUAGAUUGAGUUAUUGCAAAAGUGUAAUUGCAGAUAUAUUAUUAUAUAUUAUUGAAAUAAAUGACAAACAAGUUUCAAUAGAACUGACAUUUUUUUAAGUUACCUUAAAAGCUUACCAGCACACACUAUCCACUUUAACAGCAUUUCAAAGACAAAAUAAUUAUGAAAGUAUAUUAUUUUCAUGAGUAGUUUUGAGUGUACUUCUUUUUCACAAGGGAUGGCUCAAGUAUUAUCUUUUUUUUGUCUCUUUUUGGUUUGGAAAAACUAAAAACUAGUCUCCUGUACAUGAGUGUUUUUAAUAGCUUUGCCAUUUUCAGGUACAGCAAAGUGAGCUUGAUAGGACGGGUUUAAUGUAUUAAUGAUCUGUUAAGCACUACAGCAUAAGCUCAGAAUACGUUCUUGGCCCGUUUUAACUUGUUUUAUUGUAUGUAACAACGAAUUAGAUGUCAGCUAGUGUUUUUUUUUCUUUGCCCUUGGUUUAUCUGCGCACUGUUAGAUCCGGGCAAGCAUAUUCGGUCUGCUGCCGGUGUUUCUUCACACGGCAGAGUAUGCAAAUAGCGUUGUGUCGCCCGUUGCUUUUAGUACAGAUAGUACAGAUAUCAGCGCAUCCCUAGUUUUAGUUCUUAUUCGUUUUAAAGGGGCGGGCAGCGACGGAUACUGCACACAUCUGCUGUAUCUCCAACCAGAAAUGCUGAUUUGUCUCUAAAAGCCACUUGUGUUUGUUUUUUGGCCAUGUACAUCGUGACUUGUUCUCCUGUGACUGUUAAAAGUUAUGGUACUUUAUGUAUUUUUGUUUAGAUAAAUAGUUAGUUUUAUUUGUCACUAUUUCGCUGUGCUGGACUGCGGCGCAGAUUCUAGGCCACUCACCAGAUGCUCCUCAGGGCCUUUAUCAGCUGAAUCAGAUGUGUUUAGGAAAGUUCGGGGCAAAAAAACUGCUUACCCAGUAGCGCUCCAAUUGCUUUAGACUCUUUCAGUUCCGGUAAUUAAAGAAAUAGUUCACCUAAAAAUGAAAAAUUGCUGACCAUUUACUCACCCCCUCACAUCAUCCAAAACAUAUAUGAGAUUUCUUCAUCUAAGCAGAUUUGGAGAAAUGUAGCAUUACGCCACUGGCUCACCAAUGGAUGCUCUGCAGUGAAUGGGUGCCGUCAGAAUGAGAGCCCGAACAGCUGAUAAAAGCAUCACAGGUAAUUCACACAACUGCAGUUUAUCGAUUAUCAUCUUGUAUUACUUGUGAAUCGUCGUCCCUGUCUGACGGCACCCAUUGCCUGCAAUGUAUUAUAAGUAAUAUAAUGCUACAUUUGAUGAAGAAACAAACUCAUCUACUUCUUGGAUGGCCCAAAGGGUGAGUACAUUCUCAGCAUUUAACUAUUCCUUUAUGCUUGUGUAUUGCAAUCCUAAAAUAAAAAAAAUGGCCUAAAUCAUUGCUGUCGAAAGAUAUAAACACAAGAACGCAGUAAAACUGGCCUGAAAGCACCAUUAUUUGACUGAUCCCUACCACGAUGUAGGAGCCAUUAAACCGUGCUAAUAAAUUACAGUGUGCCCCGCGGUGGCUUUUGACCAAAUCUGCAAGGGAAUAAAUGUUAUAAGCAGAGGCGAAGACAAGAUGGAUGAGAGAUGAACAGCGUGGCGAGCUAUAUCAGGACUGUCCAGACAGCUGACGAGGAGCAGCUUCGCUUUUUUGUUCUUUUGUUUCUCCUCGCGAAAAGGGACGCGGCCACCUUUCUGUGUCAUUUUAGGAUGACCGCACUCAAAGGGCCUUUGUACGACUCUCACUUACGCACAUUUGAGGAGACUCCAGGGCGUUGUUCAAGGCCGCCCGCACACUCGGCCUUGGUUGUGAAUUGUAAGGUCAAACAGGAAGCAGUCAGAAGUGAGAGUAAAUGAAAAUGCUCUCUGAGUGAGAAAAGUCGCAUUGUCCCUACAGACUUGCCGUACAAUAUAGAUGUCACAUCAAACUCUGUUGAAGCUCUUGGAUGUUUUUUGUGUCCGGGAUGAAGGCUGCUGCAUGAUUUUGAUUUAACCUUUGAUAAUGGCUGCUGACAUUUAGGUGCCUGUUGGGACUUGUGUAUUUUGUUCUGGAUUGUCAGCCCAUUUUGUGAAUAUUAUUCAUAUUUUCUAUGGAGUUGCGUCAGAGUACUUCAUCUGAGAUCCUUAAGUGCUUAUUAUAAAUGUAAAAAACAAAAACAAAAAAAAAAUCAUUGGUUUAUGUGAUUGCUUCUGAAAAAGGUAAAAAAAAAAAAGUGUUUUGUAUUUCGUAAAUAUUGUUUCGUUGUUUCAGUUUUUAUUAACUUGUAAUGGCUUUUUUUUUUGUUAAAGGUCAAGUGUUGUCCUUUAAAACUAAAGUAAUUUGAUUAUGGCUGUCACAGAUUGAUUUGUGGAAAGAUUAUGUAGUGGAAUGCGAGAUGAUAUUUCGUUCCUCUUUGGUUGAAAUGUCGACGAGAUCAAGAUUAACUUGUGUUUUUUGCGUGUUAGAUUCAAAUAGAUCCACCUUCCUUAAUACAUGUAACAACACUUGACCUAAUGUUUUGAUAUUUCUGUAUUAAUACAUUGUUCACUGAAUACAUCUCUGUGAGAUGAUGUCCUGGAGCUCAAUACCGUUUUCAUAUUGAAAAGAACUGGACUGUGUAUAGUAAAGCUGUGCAUGUUGAUUGUUUAAUGUGUGUACAUUUUCUAAAGCAAAUUUAAUAAAACAUCUUACUGGAGAUUUACCUCCAUAAUGCCACGG